AUGGAUAAAUUUCGAAUGAUCUUCCAGUUCCUCCAGUCCAAUCAGGAAUCAUUCAUGAAUGGCAUAUGUGGCAUUAUGGCUCUUGCCAGUGCGCAAAUCUACGUGGCUUUUGAUUUCACUUGCCCUUGCCUACCAGGUUAUAAUCUAGCCUAUGGGAUGGGUAUCCUGAUUGUGCCACCCCUAGUGUUGUUCUUAUUGGGCUUUGUGAUGAAUAACAAUGUCUCCAUGUUGGCUGAAGAAUGGAGAAGGCCCAUAGGUAAGCGACAGAAAGAUCCAUCUGUUUUGCGUUACAUGUUCUGUUCCAUGGCACAGCGGGCUAUGAUUGCCCCUGCAGUUUGGAUUUCAGUCACGCUGUUGCAUGGGGAAUGCUUUAUUUGUGCCUUCAGCACCACUGUGCCCAUAGAGAAGUUGGGAAAUGACAGCUAUAUGCUCCUGCCUGAGAAAGAGCUGAGGAGGAUUCUGGCUCGGAUACCCUGCAAAGACAUUUACAAUGGACAAGAACUUAUUGCCAAAGAAGUCGCAACCAGGUAUCUACGCUGUAUCUCCCAGGCAAUGGGCUGGUCUUUUGUAUUGCUGAUGACCUUACUGGCAUUCCUUGUCCGAUCCUUGCGUCCCUGCUUUACACAAGCAGCCUUCCUGAAGAGCAAGUACUGGUCCCACUAUAUCGACAUUGAACGCAAGCUCUUUGAUGAGACUUGUACAGAGCAUGCUAAAAGCUUUGCCAAGGUUUGUAUCCAGCAGUUCUUUGAGGGCAUGAACAAGGACCUAAGCAUGGGUCAUACACACAUUCCUGAGAAGACACCUUCAGAACCUGGGGAAGAGAAGGAAAAACUGCUGGGUAUCAUGGAUCAAGGGACCAUGAACAAGCUUCUGAAGAACUGGCACAAAUGUAAACCCCCUUUAUGUCUCAACCAAGAGGUGAUCCAGAAUGGGGAUUGUUGGACAGGAGAAAUCACACGUCCUCAUCUGCCUAAGAGAGAGUACAUCACCUAUUACAGCAAAGUUUGA